AUGUCGGAUGCGGACGAGUACCGUUGCUUCGUUGGAAGUCUUUCGUGGUCUACUACUGAAGCAGAUCUGAAGGACGCAUUUAGGAAAUUCGGCCAUCUUACUGAGGCAAAGGUGGUUCUUGAUAAGUUUUCUGGUCGAUCACGUGGAUUUGGUUUCGUGACUUUUGAUGACAAGAAGUCUAUGGAAGAAGCAAUUGAGGCAAUGAACGGAAUGGAUCUGGAUGGAAGGAACAUCGCUGUUGAAAGAGCUCAGGCUCAGAGUUCAGGCAGCAGGGACCGUGAUGGAGAUCGAGAUUAUAGUCGUGGUGGUGGUGAUCGUGACCGCUACCGUGGUGACUAUAGCCGCAGUCGGGACCAUGGUCGUGAUUUCGGUGGAGGCCGUGGCGGCGGAGGUGGUGAUUGCUUCAAAUGUGGCAAGCCUGGACAUUUUGCAAGGGAAUGCCCUUCUGAUGAUGGUGGCAGGGGGGAUAGGUAUGGUAGCAGGGAUGACAAGUAUGGUGGCAGUAAUGGUAGUAGCCGCUAUGGGCCUGAUCGUGGUGGUGAUCGCUAUUCUGGAAGCCGUGAUGGAGGAAGCCGCAAUGGUGGAGGCAGUGACCGAUACAACCGUGACAAGUCUGGUCCUUAUGAACGCCCCAGCCGAGGUGGAUACAGAUCUUGA